AUGCAAACAAAUCUAAUAUUAGCUAUCCUUGGAAAAAGAAACGAAAGUUAAUGUAUUGAUGACAAUUAACCAGAAGAAACAAAUGCGAAAGAGCUAUGGGUGACAUAAACAACGGCCCAGACAGCUCCCUCUCGGGGAUGCCAAGUAUAAAAUGUACACUGGACACGCCAGACAUACCUAAAUUGGUGUCUUUGUACAGACCUCUUGUUGUGAGAUGUGCCCAGGGAAGAGAGUUAAUUUCUCAUCUAAAAGGUGUCAUCGAUGACGUUGCUCGGCAAGAAGUCCGUCAAAUAAACAGAAACCAAGGUGACAUUGCCUCUAUGGACUGUCUUCUUAAUCAUCUGGAAUUGAGUGGCCAUCCAAAGAAAUGGGAGAAGUUUGUAGACGCUUUAGAAAACAAUGAGUACCAUUAUGUAGCAAAGGCACUGAAAGGCGGGGAAGUACCGAGAGAUGUAUUUGUCAAAUACAGAAAACUUCUAAUGGAACACAAUGUAAAAUUCAUCCAAAAAAUCGACCCUUCUGAUAUCGUUCCAGACUUAUGUAGUAGACAUGUGAUAAAUGACAUGGACAAAGAAAAUAUUCAGGCCGAACAAAACACACAGGGUAAAAUAUGUGCUACAAAUGUAUUACUGGAUCGAAUUUGGCGUCAUCAUCAAAACUGGUACGAUGAAUUCCUGGAUGUCCUUUGCGGAAAGAAUUCAGAUCUCGUCAAAAGUAUUGAUAGCGACUACUAUAAUAAUUGGAAACAGCGAAAUAACAUCAAGGUUCAGUCUCUAAUUAGGGCACCAGAAAUUUCUGCAGACCAUGAUUCGAACAAUCUUCUGAGCUCAUCCUCCAUUCGAGAGAACUAUUUAUCAGACACCGGUGAGCCACAAAUCACUCUUGGUGAUCAGUCUACUCCGCCUCCGGAUCACUUGGAUCUUGGAGGAAGUUCUCUUUUCGGGGAUACUUGUAACUCUUUAUUUUCAAUGAGGCAAGACGACUCUGACGACGAGCUUACAUAUGCGAAAAAAGUUGCACAGGCUGAAUAUCAAAAAAAUUCUAUGAAUUCAUUAGUUGAAAAGGAGAAACAGACCAACAAGUCUUUGGAGAACUUGAAGCUUUCAGUUGCCAGUGGAGGUCUCUCUGUUUCAUCAAGUGACCAAAACACUGAUCUUGACAUUCAGCAACCUAGCAGAAAUCAGGAGUACAGCAGUAUUCAUUCUUCGAUUGUAGAGCGUCUACUGGAAAGCAUGGAUAACAGUGUCGACAGGAACAUCCAAAGAGAAGGUGGCUCUAAGCCUAACAUUGUGGGACCAGAAUGUCCUGCUAUUGAAACUCGGUCAGUUGACGAAAACAACGACAGUUCGGAUGAAGAUACAGUCGCUGCAAAACCACUAAACUUGCGGAACUAUCAGAUGGAGUUGGCAAGAGCGGCUCUUCAAGACAAAAACUGCAUUAUUGUUGCUCCAACUGGAAGUGGAAAAACUCAUGUUGCAAUGAAAAUCAUACAGAAUCACAGAGAAAAACGCAGGCGAAUGGAUUUUCCAAAGGUCGCCUUUCUUGUUGAGCAAAGCGCUCUGGCAGAACAACAAGGAAAAGUUUGCAAAGAGUUUUUGGGUUGCAAAAUCAAGGUCAUAACAGGAGAGAAACAGAGAGAGGAGAGUCUUCAAAACUUGUCAUGCUGGGUUCAAAAAAAGGAUAUUCUCGUCAUAACAGCCCAGAUCUUAGUCAAUGCUUUGGCGGUCGGUGAUGUAAAAAUUGAAGACUUUACUCUGAUUGUCUUUGAUGAGUGUCAUCAUUCACAUGCUAAACAUCCUUAUAAUCAAAUAAUGGCGCAUUAUUUAGACCUAAAACUAGAGGACAGACACAGGCAGCUUCCUCAGAUUGUUGGUCUGACUGCAUCCGUUGGUGUGGGUAAGGCAAAGAACACGGAGAAGGCCAUGGAAUGGAUCUUCAGCAUGAUGGCAAAUAUGGACGCGGAGGAAUUAUGUGUUGUUGAAGACUACAAGGCAGAGCUAGCACAGCAUGUUAAUAUCCCAGAUCAAGAUGUUGUAAAAACUCCUGGAAGAACGAAAAAUGAAUUUGGGAAAACCAUUGAUGGUAUCAUGAAAGUUAUUCAUAAAUGGAUGAUCAACUCUCACCAGGCAAAAGAGGUUACAGAUCAGAGUGUUCUAAAGCCACCAGUUGAGAGCGGCAACGACCAGUAUACACAAUGGCUCAGCAGACUUUGGAAAGAAGAGGCAAAGAUAGUCAACGAGAAAGCCAGAAGGUUUAUUCAUACCUGCCGAGUUUAUCUUGAUAUGUACAACAAAUCGUUGAUCAUAUACAACGAUGCGCGGGCUUCAGAUUCUCUAGCUUUCAUCAGAGAUGAAUUAAAGAGAUGGGGAGAACAUCAAAAACCAGAUGAAACUGACAACAAGCUGAAAUCUUUCUUUGAAAAGAGCGAGGGGUUCUUGCAGACAUGCACAUAUGAUCCAAACCACAACAAUCCAAAAUUGCUGGAACUACGAAAACUGAUCCUGAAAGCAUUUCAUGUUGACGCAGACAGCCGCGGAAUAAUUUUUGUAAGAACACGUGAUCUGGUAAAGGCAAUUUACCGCUGGAUGGAGGAAACAGAUGAUUUGAGAUCACUUAAGCCGGUCAUGUUUACUGGGGCUCAGGCUAAAAGCAGUGCAGGAGGAAUGACAAAAGUACAGCAAAUUGACGCGCUAACGUUGUUCAAGGAGGGGCGACAUAAAAUUGUCAUCGCCACAUCAGUUGCAGAGGAAGGAUUGGACAUCCAGAAAUGUAAUCUUGUGAUCCGAUAUUCUUACGUCAGUAAUGAGAUAGCUAUGGUCCAGGCAAGGGGGAGAGGAAGGCGGGAAAAUGGGAAGUACUUUGUGGUAGCCACACAAGGAGACAAAACCGCUGAAAGAGAAGAAUUGAACAUGAUCAGAGAAGCAAUGAUGAAUCGUGCCAUCGAGAUGCUGAGGCAGAGAUUCAAAACCGACCCAAGAGGCUGCCUGAAAACUAUCCUGGAUAUACAGAGGAAGGCCAAAACAGAGCGUGACCUUGCUGCAAAAAAUAAGGAAGGGAUAGUUGUGCGCCAAGGACAGUAUGUAUUACGGUGUCAAAAAUGCAGCCAGUAUGUAUGCAUGUCGAAUGAGGUCAGAAAAAUCCAAAACGCCCAUCACGCUUGUAUUUGUGACGACAUCAAAGAGCGAGUUGUUGGCCAACGUCUUCCUCGGCCACAGUUCCAAGACGACGAUUUAAAAUGCGCCGUCGGCAAACUCCUCUGUAAAUCUUGUGGAUCUGACCUUGGGAAUGUUUCUAUUUAUAGAAAUGCCCAGUUUCCUAUCCUUAAAAUUGAAAGCCUUCUAAUGGAGGACAGCAUGGGGAGACGAGACGUUAAGAAGAAAUGGAAGAGUGUGCCGUUUGCAGUUCAGGAAAUAACGGCAGACGACAUAAUGCAGAGAUCACGUGGUGAAAAACUGCUUGAAAUGAUGUAAAUUUACAAUUUGUCAUUGACUUUUUUUGUGCUAAAACAAACGAUAAAUAUGUAUGAAAGGAAAUGAUAAUACACAGUAACUGUAAGACUACAUGUGUAGAUCUUAAUUUUUAAACCUAGCUAUGAUAAAAAAAAUUGUGAAGUGAC